CUUCCUACGCCCUCGUCCUCCUAACGUAGUGGAACUCUUCCUCUUUUUCUUUUUUAUUCUCUUCUUCUCAAUCCCAUCUUGGACAAUUGACUUUGUUCAGGAUUGUUGUUUGAGAAAGAUCGACAUCGCCUCGCUUUGACAGCUUCGCUUGGCUAGCUUGCCGCUCUACACACCAUCGCCCAGACAGAGAGAUCUCUUGUCCUACGCCGCCACAGCAUACAGAAAAUAGCUUGGCAGUAUCACUAGCAGCAGCACUUUUCUUCUUUUCAAACCAUUCUUGCUCUUUAUCUAGACCAUUGACGACAACAACCUACACACACGGACACACACACUUACUCACUCUCAAACCAUGAGCGAGCAACAUCACCACGUCCACCCCGUCCCGGGUGAGAUCCCCGUCCCCCACGGCCCUCCCGCCUCGGAUGACGGCGACGAGUUUGCCGGCGCCUCUCCUGACGAGAAGCGCAUCUUCAGCCACGUCACUCGCCCCGAUGACUCCUACACGCCCGAGGGCGUCUACUGGGCCGAUCUGCCCUUUGGCGAGCGCGCCAAGUUUGUCGCAAAGGUCGACAAGGAGGCCGCCUCGCAGGAAAUCAGCUCCAUCAUGAGCAUGAUGAAGACGGAUCCCCUCUCCCCCAUCUCCUGGUACUUCCGCCACGCCGUCAUCCCCGGUGCUGGUCUCGGUCUUGAGGGCUACGUCCUCUUCUCCAUUGGUAACUUGGAGCCUCUCUUCAAGGCUGCCUGGCCCGAGUGCUGGGACGACAAGAAGCCCAACGGCAUCUGCAGCAAGAACUGGCUCGCCUCCGUUACUUACCUCGAGAUUGUCGGUAUCAUGGUCGGCCAGGUCAUUGUCGGUGUCAUUGGUGACUGGGUCGGUCGCCGCUGGGGUCUGAUUCAGGACGCCAUCAUCAUGUUCAUUGGUCUGCUCAUGCUCACAGCCUCGUGGGGUCUCACCCUCGAGGGCUGGGUCAUUUGCUACGCCUGGUCCCUCUUCUUCUACUCUCUCGGUGUUGGUGGCGAGUACCCCAUCACUGCCACCUCGUCGCUCGAGAGCGCCGCUACCUCGGGCAAGCUCUCUACCAAGGAGGAUCGUCUGCACCGUGGUCGCCGUGUCACCAUGGCUUUCCUCAUGCAAGGUUGGGGUCAGUUCGCCAACCAGGUCCUCUUGAUUGUCCUCUUCCUCAUCUUCAACCGCGGCUACGGCGACCCCCCUGCCUCUGCUAGCCGCGAGGCCUUUGCUCACGCCACACAAAUCAUCUUCCGCCUCUCGUUUGCCUUCCCCGCCAUUGGUACUCUCUGGCUCGUCUACUACCGUACCUGGAAGAUGCCCAACGCCUCCAAGCAGCUCGCCCAGGCCAAGGCCCGCACCAACGUCACCGGCUACGACGUCAACGCCCUCAAGUCGUGCUUUGGCCAGUUUGGCGGCCGUCUCCUCGCCACCGCCGGUACCUGGUUCUGCAACGACGUCUUCUUCUACGGUAACAAGCUCUUCCAGGGCGAGUUCAUCAAGGUCAUCUCCGAUAACCCCAAGUCCCUCAUGACCACCUGGACCUGGAACCUCGUCAACAUUACCGUCUCGCUCGCCGGCUACUACCUCGCCUCGCUCCUGAUCGACAACAAGCUCUACGGCCGCAAGAUGAUGCAGCAGGUCGGCUUCUUCAUGUGCUUCCUCAUGUUUGUCAUCCCCGCCUUCAAGUACGACUACUACAAGUCCCCCGCCGGCAUCCACGCCUUCCAGGCCAUGUACUUCAUCUCGUCCUUCUUCAACCAGUUUGGCCCCAACUCCGUCACCUUCCUGAUUGCCGGUGAGGUCUUCCCCACGCCCAUCCGUGCCACUGCCCACGGCUUCUCCGCCUGCCUGGGUAAGGCUGGUGCCUUGCUCGCCUCGGUCCUCUACCACUACAUUGACGACCAGACUAAGUUCUACGUUGUCCCGUGGUUCGGUCUUGCCGGUAUGCUUCUCACUCUUGUUUUCCUGCCCGAUACCACCGGUCUCGAUCUCAAGGAGCAGGAGCGCCGCUGGCGCUACAUCCGCGACGGCCGCGCCAGCGAGUACCACGGUGUUGCUGUCCACCCCCAGCAUCUGUCCAUGUGGGAGCGCUGGCAGGGUCUGUCCAAGUCCUACGACCCCGAAAAGGACUGGAAGGCCAAGAUUGCCGACAUGCGCAACGAGUGGGAGCUUGUCCAGUCCGAGCGUGGCCCCAAGGAAACCGAGGCUCACGACCACGGCAUGGCUGACGACGGCGAGUUCUCCCCCGAGAUCCACGACUACUUCAAGCGCUCUAGCCCCCCUAAGCGCUCUGCUGGUGGUGUUCUCAGCGAGAAGAUUGAGGACGACUCCAAAUAAAAGCCGCACCCGAUGCUGCGCAUACUUUCCCUCUUUUUUUUUGCAUUCCUUAUAUAAUACAAUCAAUACGGAGUUUUUUGUGUUGGGUUUGGGUUUGAUUCCCCUAUUAGAUGUCUCAGAAUGUCGCAUCCGAGCCUGAUGAACGGGCUUCUUUUACAUACAUGCUGUAGAUGAGUUUGAUAAAUACACUUUUUGAUAUACCACAACAACGUU